AAAGCAAAAACGCAGAACCAUUACUUCUCACUUCUCCAUUUCCACUCUUAAACAAAUACACAAAUACUUACUUCUGUUGCCUGGAAUGGCGAAUCCCGGCCACCGUAAAGGUUACAACCUAGAGUACAGAGCAAACGAUGACGACUCAUGGUACAGCGUACGACUCAUGUUAAGAAACCAAACCAUGACUCUGAAGUUCGAAGGUUAUCCCAAGGACUUCGACAUCAUUUUCAACGCCAGAGACUUCAAAACGAAGGAGGAAGUGAAUGAACUGGUAAGGAGGUUCAGGCGCGUGUCGCCGCAGGUGCAGGAUAGCGAAUGCGGUAGUCUCAAGGAAGGAAUGAUUGUCUGUGUUGCAUGUAAUGCUUUUGGCGGUGAUGAUAUGUUGUACUACGACGCCGUUAUUGAAGCGGUACACAAUGUGGACCAUUCAUUUGGAAAUGGAGAGGAGGAGUGUUUAUGCACCUUUGUGGUAACUUGGCUUCAUGGUCCAAAGAAAGGAUUCUUAACCUCUACCAGAAUUGAAGGCAUGUGUACCAUAAAAGAUGUUCCUCAAGUUGAUCCUAAAAUAGCUUCCUUCUUGGAAUUGGUGAACCGGAAUCUCGAGAAAUCCUCUUGCAUGUUGACUUCUGCUUCGAAGCAUGAGAGUUCUGCAUCUAAAGCAUCAUCUUGUGAAAUUGGAGGCAGUAAUUUGACUUUUAAUUCAUCCUUUAAGGGAAUUAAUAGUGCCAAGAGUACUGUUGAUGUCACAACAGGAGCAACAGAGAGUAAAUAUAGUAGGGAUCAGGAACAUGACGAAGAUCUUGGAGGGCAAUGUCCAAGUUCCCAUCUUAUGCUUAUUGAAAACUUGGAGAGAAACUUAUUACCAUCAUCAUUCAGGGAUUUUAUACAUGAUCACACUUCUGUUUCAUCACAAGUAUACAUUUUACCAAGUCUGUCUAUGCCAUAUGCAAGAGGUUUUAUUGUGGUAGAUUGUGAAGAGAAGCUUCAGAAGAUACACGAGUUUUUGGAUAAUCCAGCCCAACUUAUUGUGUCCUCAACUGGAAGGCCAUUGGUUAUAACUGAAAGAGAUGUAAGGCUUGGCAUGAUUAAGAUGUGUCCAGGAAGCUACAAACCUCAGGAUAUGUGUCUAGGAACAAGUUUGGACAAAGAUCUGAUGGUGGUCCGUUCAGGAACAGAGACAUACGAAAGAGCAAUGCAGUUAAAAAAUUUAUUUCUAGAGUUCACGAGUCAUCUACAGCAGCUCUAUAAGAAGUUCUCUGGGGAAGAGAUGAUGAUUUUGCAGUUCAACCAGAUGAUCUAUUCAUAAAGGUGUAAAAACUAGUAUGCGCUGGUAGAUACUCGUGUAUAUUUUGGCCAUUGCAACACGUAAAUUCUUGAAAGAGAAGCUGUCGUUUCUCCUAUAACAUUAGAAGAUUUAGGCUAGCUUUUUAUAUUUUACAUCUCCUUAAAAGGUGAUCUAUUAAAGUCAUGCUCACCGAGCUUCUAAGAAAAUGCCUUUUAGCAAGGUUGUUAUAUAUAAACAAAGUAGUAAUGCUGCACAUGAGAUACAAACUUAUGACCUAAAGCAAUUUUUGAACCAUCUUUGUCACUACACUAGAAGUGACCUUUUCUUUAUGUUUUGGAAUUUAGCAAUAUAUAUAUUGUUUUUAUCAU